AUGCGACUCUUCAUCACUGUUGUCUCCAAGAAUCCACCCCAAAUCCAUCUUCUCCCUUCCAGAAAAGAAGGGUUAUCCAUGGCGAGAGAGAAGAUAAAAAUAAGGAAGAUCGAUAAUAUAACUGCAAGGCAGGUAACUUUUUCCAAAAGAAGAAGAGGGCUUCUGAAGAAAGCUGAAGAACUUGCGGUACUUUGUGACGCCGACGUCGCUUUGGUCAUCUUCUCCGCCACCGGAAAACUCUUUGAGUAUGCUAGUUCCAGUAUGCAAGAGUUACUCGGGAAAUAUAAACUCCACUCGACUAAUAACGUCAAUAAAGUUGACGCACCUUCUCUCAAUCUACAGCUCCUGGAAAGCGAAGAGUCAAGGAUGAGCAAAGAGGUACUUGACAAGAAUCGAGAAUUGAGCCACCUACGUGGCGAGGACCUUAAUGGAUUAACUCUAGAGGAACUUCAACGUUUGGAGAGCUUGCUUGAAGGAGGCCUCCACCGUGUGCUCCAGACAAAGGAUGAACGGAUUGCAAACGAGAUAGCGAGUCUUCAACAAAAGGGUUUUCAGUUGAUGGAAGAGAACAAGCUCUUGAAACAACAAAUGAUGAGUUUGACUUCGGUAGGCAAGAGGCCACGGACAACGGGUGCAGAGUUGGACAAUAUUGUAAUUAACCCUGAAGAUCAAGUGCAGUCAUCGGAAUCUGUUGCUACCAACGUAUACAGUUGCAACAGUGGACCUCCGCCUGAUCAGGAUGAUUGGUCUGAUACAUCGCUUAAACUAGCGUUACCCUUUAAUUGACAAUGGCAAACCGUCGAGGAAAAGGAGAAGGGUGAUGGAUGGUGGUGGUGUUUGAAAGGAAUAAGAAGUGUUGUAUUGAAUUAAGUGUGUAAUUGCAAUGCUUGGUUUUGUGCUUGUUCUAUGAAAACAAAAUGAAGACUUUAACUGGUAUUUUGAAGGUUAUCUAUCUAGUUUCAAUGUUUUCCACAAGAGAAAGGUUGAUUUGAAAUUUAGUUUCAUGAAAUCGAGAAAAAAGAUAGUCUCAAGAACAAAAAUUGGUCGAAAAACUAAAGUGGAAUGACCAUGAGGAACUAUUGGACACCAUGAGGAACUAUUGGAUCUUAUUAAGUGCCCUGUAAUGGAACUAGCUAUCUAAUUAAUGGUUUGAGAUGUAAAAAUUUAUAUAAGAAGUGAACCUUGACACACGUAAAAUACUGUUAGUAUUCCUUGAUUGAUCUCAUGUAGACUGUUUGGAUAAUACGGUGUACCAUUUUUUUAAUCUAAGUCUAGCUCACGAUCCCCUUUA